AUGUAUGUUUUUGCAAACCCAGUAUUUCCCUGGCCUGUAAUUCCACUGGAGGAUCACAUUUACAUCCUAAAAGAGGUUAUUUCACAAGGUUUUACGGCUAACAAAUUUUUUAAAAAGCUGGGAUAUCAAUUUUCACAAAGAGAACAAGCUGAAGAGGAUUUGCGGAAAACAUUGAAAAAACUUGCUUCUAUGAAUGAUGAUGAACACUUCAGACAAGCAGAAAGCCUUUCGAAUGCGAUUGACAAACAUUUGGGUUCUUCUACCGUAAAACAAUAUUGGAAUAGCGUUCAGAUACAAGAAGAACAAAACACAACUCGCAUUAAUCAAAUAAUUGUGGAAGAGAAAAAGAAACAACAUAAAUACCUCGUUGACUCUAACGUCGUAACCGAACACAAUAUGUCAAGUGAUAAAUUAACAUCAGAAUUUCAAAAAAUAGAGCGAACCUAUUACACCUCAAAAAUUUUUAAGAAAACGAACAUUUUUUGA